AAUUCGAACAACACGGGGGCGAACAGGAAAGCCGAUCUUCAGCCUCGUCAUUGGUCUGAACUGACUGCCAAUCACAGCCGCAAAUAUCACUUUCGGUCGACGCUUCUUCUGCCAGUCUGAGCGAUGGAGUGACGGGGGAGAGUCUCAAAACUUAAACUUUAGACUUUAGACUUAGGCUUGAGGAGAAAUAAAGGCACUUAUACAGCCGAACGGCCUUCGACCGCUCUGACCGCGGCCUCCGCUGUUUCGCCUGUACCGCCCCCAGUCUUCCGAGCUACGGUUACCGGAGCUGGACGAGCCGCCAGCCGCCAGUAAAGCACCAAACCCCCGCAAAGCGGCAGCUCCCUCCCUGCAGCAGUCAUGUCGACCGCCGGAGACUUUGGAAACCCUCUGAGGAAAUUCAAGCUGGUGUUCCUCGGAGAGCAGAGCGUUGGGAAGACUUCACUGAUCACCAGGUUCAUGUAUGACAGCUUUGAUAAUACCUACCAGGCCACGAUAGGAAUUGAUUUUUUGUCGAAAACGAUGUACCUUGAGGACAGAACAAUCAGGUUGCAGCUCUGGGACACAGCAGGCCAGGAGCGCUUCCGUAGCCUCAUUCCCAGUUACAUCCGUGACUCGGCCGCCGCUGUGGUAGUAUACGACAUCACAAAUGUCAAUUCCUUCCAGCAGACAACAAAAUGGAUUGAUGAUGUCAGAACAGAGAGAGGAAGUGAUGUCAUCAUCAUGCUGGUCGGGAACAAGACAGAUCUUGCAGAUAAAAGACACAUAACAACUGAAGAGGGAGAACAGAGAGCUAAAGAAAUGAAUGUUCUGUUUAUCGAAACGAGCGCAAAGACAGGAUACAAUGUGAAACAGCUUUUCCGGCGUGUGGCUGCCGCUCUGCCCGGCAUGGAGAGCACACAGGACAAGAGCAGAGAAGACAUGAUCGACAUAAAGCUGGAGAAGCCUCCAGAACAGCCGGUCAGCGAAGGCGGCUGUUCCUGCUAAAGCCUCGUCCCUCUGCAUCCUCUGUCUCUAUUGCUUUUUCUCUCACACUCUUCUUUUGCGCUCUCUCUCUCUCGCUCUCUCUCUCUUGCUCUCUCGAUCUCUCACUCUCUCGCUCACUCUCUUGCUCACUCUCUCACUCUUCCCACUCCCAGCUGCAGUAUCAGUGCACCUCCCCAGCCUGGAACCAGAAGAACACUACUUGUCCAUCAUCCUCAGCUCCAUGCUUUCUGCUGACUCACUGAGAUGACCUUAAGCUUACCAAGCACAAUGUGGAUGUGAAAGGUGUCGCUUUGAUUUGUUUUUCAGUAACAGUAUGGGGGGCAUUAUAAUGCCCUUAUAAUGAGCCUAAACAAACCUGGAGUUCACAAUGAAUUGACUGCUAAUAACUACAUUAUUAAGCAGUAAAUGGGGUGAAUUAAACAUUUUCCAGCUGAUUAAGCCUUUUCAAGCAAGUAGUUGGUACUUGACUGUCAUUGUUGGUUAUCCAUCGUUUGUAUCUACAUGAUUGGAGCACACCAGCUGUCCAUUACAGUGUGUGAAAAUUUCAUGGUGAGUGGACAAGCAGAAAUACUCCAUAAUUGCUUGGAAUAAAAUCUCUUUACAGUAACUUGCAUCAAAAUGAAAGAACAUUUUUGCCCUCUCCUGUAAAACUUGCCUUUUUGGAGAUACUUGUUGCUUGGGCAGCAACAUAUUAUGAUAUCGGUCAUGUAAAUAAUGCACAUGAAUCGAAAAGCAAUUUCAGAUCUUUAUUGUUCCUUGGUCUUGACUCUCAAUAAGGCUUAAUAACAGCAUCACAAAUUCUCUGGAAAAUACUUAAUUUACUGUAAUGUUGUAAUUGGCAGCCAGUCAGUCGUUAUUGGCUUGAUGAGGCUUAAGAAGGGCUUAAUAAUGGACGUCUGAAAUGCAAAAUAUUGUGAUGCUCUCGAAAUUGUUCAGUUCACUCUGUUUAAUGCUUGAUAUGCAGUCAUAAUCAGCCAGUUAAUUACAUGUGUGGCUACUGGCAUGUUGAGGCUUAAUAAGUGCAUUAAAAGCUCAUUAUAGUGUCCUCUAUGCUGAAGUGCUACUUUUUUUUUUCUUGUGUGGGUUUUUUUUUUGUUGUUGUUGUUUUUUUUUUUUGGCAAAACACUUUAAGUAUGUUAUUUUUAUUAUUUGGCACUGUACCUUGAAUGGAUAAGCAGUUAUGCCACAGUUAUGGAGGCUCACAUGAUGUCGUGCAAUUGGGAGAUCUGUGGAUCUGUUCUGUGUGAGCAUUGAACAAUUACAAUAAAUUAUAACCAUUACUGAUGAAAUUGAAUACUUUAAAAUGUAGUUAUGAGUCCUUGAGUGCUAAAUGGACUGUAGGGCUGGGCAAUAUGACAGUAUUUAUCAUUAUGGUGAUAAAUUGCAUCACGCCAUGCUGUUCUGAGCAUAACAUGGGUGUUCGUACAUGUUACUCAUUUUAAAACUGACAUCGAACCUCAAAAAAAAAAAAAAAAUCAUGAAAAAUGUCUGGAAGGAUCACAAUAUAAUAUUUUUGCCAUAUCGCCCUCUCCUAAAUACUUCACAUGCCAUGCAAGCUGUCAGAAGUCAAAACUCGCACAGGGUGUUGUUGGGAACGCAAACUAAAAGCAUGUCGUAAAUGUUUACAGAGGUUCGGGAAUUAUCCAAGUCUGGCUAUGCAGGGAUGUUUCUGUCAUUGGAAGAAAAAAACAAACGAGUCAACUUCCGUUAUUUGACACGUUACAGAAGCUCUUGUAAACACAGAGCUAUUUUCACAGCCUCAACUCAAGUCUGGCUAUUUUUAUUUUCACCUCAGCUGCCAUUUGUCGUUUUCUUUUUUCGAGUAGCACAGUAGAAAUUACGGUUAUUACUACAGUAGGGUUUUUUUGUAUAUUAAGGGAAGUAUCAUAGUACAUCACCUGAUAUAUCAAUAUGCAGCCAUGCCUUUAAGAGUUUGUUUUAUAGGGCUUCCAUUGGCUUUUUUUUUUUUUAGGGUUGUAAAGUUUGAUUUAAUGUAAUAUUGACACUUUAGCUGUUUCUUUUUCUCAUUGGUUUGUUGAAUCAGCCAUGUUCUGUAAUAUUUAUUUCUAUUUGAUCAUGUCGCUUUUUUCCCUUUUUAAUUUUCUUUAUUAUGUGAUCAUAAAUCACACUUAUUCUUUUUUAGAACCCCCCCAUUUCCCACCCGAAUCCUCACAUGGGUAGCAGAUUUGAAGCUCAAGAUACAGUGCACUUUGUGUGGUGGUCUUACAGUUAUCCCCAGUUUUGUUUAUUCCCUGGAGGAAAGUCCAUGCCCGGUAGCUGUUGCCUCCAGGUUUGUUGUUUUUUUUUUUUGUUUGUUUGUUUUUUUUUAAAUAUCAGUCACCGCUGUGUGCUGCUGUGAUGCCGUGUACAAAUGCUCAUAAUUUGCACUGCUAGACUACAUCAGUGUCUUAUUGACAUCCCUAAUAAAGACCUUUAUUUAGUAACUAUGAAAA